AUGGGUGGGCUGUGCGAUGGUGCUCAGUGGUUAUGUGAUGAUGCAAAAUGUAUUGCCAGCUUCUGGCACUGUGAUGGACAUAGCGACUGCAUGGAUGGCUCGGAUGAAUUGGACUGUGCCUGCAAGAAAGGGGAAUUCGACUGCAGAGAUCACUCCCGCUGUGUGGACAGUUUGCUUGUUUGUGACAAUAACCCUGAUUGUGACGAUGGCUCUGAUGAAGUAAACUGUCUUGAAAACCAGACCUGUCUCAAGGGGGAGUGGAAGUGCCAGAACCAAAUUUGCAUCGGUCAGGAUCUUCGAUGCAAUGGUGUUGACGACUGCACUGACAGUUCUGAUGAAGAAAGCUGUGGGAAGUGCAAUGAGCAAGGCCUUAAGUGCUCUGAUGGGAAAUGUGUGUCAGCAGUCAAGGUGUGUGAUGGAGAGGCAGACUGCACAGAUGGAAGGGAUGAGCCAGCUACCUGUGGUUAUUAUUGCACUGAUAAUAACGGUGGUUGCAAUCAGAGUUGUGAAGACGCUCCAUGGGGGGCUCGGUGUGGAUGUGCUGAGGGCUGGAUGCUGAAACCAGGAGACAACAGAGCAUGUGAGGAUGUUGAUGAGUGCUCUUUGCCAUAUGAUCCAUGCACCCAGCUUUGCAACAAUACAGUUGGUUCGUUUGUCUGCAGCUGUGUGAAGGGCUAUCUGCUUCAUGAAGGAACCCUCUGUAUGGCUGAAGAAAAUGCCACACUAAUUUUAACAGCACAAGAAGAAAACCUGGGUCUUCUGAACAUUCGGACGGGAAAGUUUGAGAUUCUUGUGGCAACAAGUGGUUCACCAGGGGCCAUUGCAUAUGAUCUGUCACGCAAUGCAUUUUACUGGGUUGAUGACCAAGAAAUCAUCAAUGUAUAUGUGAGAGGAUACAACUCAAGUGCAGAUGGGGUUCGCAGUCUUGCAGUAGACUGGCUUACAGGACAGCUAUACUGGACUAACCACAAGAGAAAGGCCAUAUACGUUGGUGCUGCGGAUGGUAGUGGAUAUGUGACAGUCCUGGGGAAGAACAUAGAUCCGAAGGAUACCAUGUUUUGGAUUAACAAAGGAGGAAAUGGGCAAGCCAGUAUUGAGGCAGCUCAAAUGGAUGGCUCUAUGAGGAGAGUAAUAGCAGUCAUCACAGCACAGGAAGCAAGCGGCUUGACACUGGAUUACACAGUAGAAAGGCUGUAUUGGAUGAGUAAAUACAAGAAGUCUGUAGAAACAGUGAAAGUCGAUGGCACGGGACGCUACUCCUUCCUGCAUGUGUUCCAAAAAGGACAGAGGACUGUGGGCUUUGCGUUGUUUGAGGACUGGUUCUACUGGUCUGAUGAAAAGCAGCUCUGGCAAGCAUCCCGCAGCCGCCUUAAAGAUAGGAUUGCCCUUGUUGAGGCUUCAGGCUCCAUCAUAUCGGUUUUCCAUGAACUACAGCAGCCUAAAGACCUAAAAGUCAUGUACGCAACAGCAAAAAGUUUGUAUCAAUUGGAGUUUGGGGAAAUGGGUGCUGUCAAGGAGAAAACAUCAAUUCUGACCUUCCUUGAAAACAUCACAUCAUUCGACUUUGACUGGAAGAGAAACUGGAUCUACUGGACAAAUGGAAGUGGACAGGUAAAACGGGCAAGAGCCAAGGAAGAUGAAUCUGAACUCAUCCCAACAUCAGUUCCAGUUUGCUCUAUCAGAGUUGACAUGGAAACUGGAAACCUGUAUUGGUUGUCAUGUGAUGGGCAUGAUGUUGGAGCCCAAGAUGGCAGCAGAAAUGAAACAAAGAAGCUGUACCACGCAGGGGAAGUCAUCACUGACCUGUAUGUCGAUUGGCCAAGGGGUCGUUUGUACUGGCUGGAAAAGGGCCAAGUUAUUAGGAUGAGUCUGGCUGGUGGAAACGUUGAAGAAAUAUUGGAUGCAUCAGAAUCUGAAAUUGGUCAAGUAGUAAUGGAUAUAAAAUCCAACAGCUUCAUCUGGAAUGGCGAUCAGUCUGGUUUGCGUAUCAUGAGUGUGUUAAAGGACAAAAUGUACUUUCCAAAGAAAACCCUGAAAGGAUCAACUGUUGCGGCACACGAGCCGUUCCUGCUGUCCUUGCAGGAUGGCACACUCACUCUGUGGGACAGAAGGGAGAUGAGAACUCUCACAACAGUGGAACUGGAGAAGAGUGGUAUUGUGAGGGUGAUGACUGUGACAGGCGAUGUACAAAAAGAUUCAAAAGCUUUUAAAAGACCUGCCAACACUCCUGCUCGUGUUUGUCCUCGGACAUUUGUGCCAUGUAAGGAUGGGAGUGACUGUGUUGCUCAUGACCACCAGUGCGACGGGGAGAAGGACUGCAAGGAUGGCUCAGAUGAGGACAACUGUCCCCGGGAAUGCAAUGAGUCUGGUAACCUACGUGUAUAUGACUUUCAGAAACAGAAAGUUUUUGGUGUCUUGAUGGAAGAAAGUGCAUUGAAUCGAAGUGGGUUUGUGAUGGAGUACCACAGUGUGCUGACGGUUCGGAUGAGGCGGACUGCCGGAAGCCAACCGAAAGCUGUCCCUUCCACUGUGACAAUAAGACCAAAUGCAUUCCUAACCAUGCUCGAUGUGAUCAUCAUGAAGAUUGCAAUGACAAAACGGAUGAAGAAAACUGUGGAUGGAAGUGAAUGUGUUUCCUAUCGCCACCUGUGUGACGGAGAGGAGGACUGUCCUGAUGGCUCUGAUGAAAAGAACUGUGUUGCCAGUGUGUGUAAUGAGCCAGGGCAAUUUCAAUGUCUAAGUGACAAGAAGUGCAUUGAAGCAGAGCUGGUUUGUGAUGGAGUGCCGCAGUGUGUCGAUGGUUCAGAUGAAGCAGACUGUCAGCAGCCAACUGCAGAAGACUGUGACUUCCACUGUGACAAUAACACCAAAUGCUUUGCUGGCGGAGUUGUAUGUGAUGGUAAAGAAGACUGCGAAGAUGAAACUGAUGAGAGAAACUGUGAUUCAAAGGCUUUUAAAAGACCUACCAGUGCUUGUCCUCGGACAUUUGUGCCUUGUAAGGAUGGGAGUGACUGUGUCGCUCAUGACCACCAGUGCGACGGGGAGAAGGACUGCAAGGAUGGCUCAGAUGAGGACAACUGUCCCCGGGAAUGCAAUGAGUCUGGGCAUUUUCAGUGUCUGCAUGGCAAAAAGUGUAUCAAAGAGAAUCAGGUUUGUGAUGGUGUAUCACAUUGUCUCGAUGGCUCGGAUGAGGCCAAAUGCUGGAAACCCACAGAAAACUGUUUCUUCCGCUGUGACAAUAACACCAGAUGCUUUCCAGAACAAUUCCGAUGUGAUGGUGAACACGACUGUGUUGAUGGAUUAGAUGAAGGAAACUGCAGUGAAGAGUGUGGUGCUUCAGAGUUUCAGUGCAGCAGCGGGCAGUGCAUUUCCUCUGUCCUGCGAUGCGAUGGAGACACAGACUGCAGAGACCACUCUGACGAACUGAAUUGCUCUAAGCCUCCGCGCUGCCUGUCGGGGAAGAGGUGUCCAGAGAGCAAGGAGUGCUUUAUAGAGGAGUGGCUAUGCGACGGGGACUUGGAUUGUAAGGAUGGCUCUGAUGAGAAGAACUGCAAGUUUUUUGAAGUGAACUGCAGUGAGUUGCAAUGGUCCUGUUCCUCAAAAACCCAAUGCAUUCCCAAUUCCUGGCAUUGUGAUGGAGAGCAGGACUGCUCGGAUGAGAGUGAUGAGAAUGGAUGUGCCCCAGUGAAGUGUCCAAGCCAUCAGUUUCAGUGUGGCUCUCCUGUGGAAUGCCUCAACAUAAGCAUGGUCUGUAAUGGGAUAAACAACUGUGUGGAUGGAUCAGAUGAAGGUGGGGACUGCAGCGCUCUUAGCUGUGGAAAGAAAUGCUCACAGACCUGCUACAAGACACCUAAUGGACCAAAGUGUGGUUGUCUGAGGGGGUUUAGACUCGCCAGUGAUGGGCUGUCCUGUGUGGAUAUUGAUGAGUGUGAGGAGCUCCCCCAUGGUUUUUGUAGCCAGACCUGUCGCAACAUGAAUGGGUCGUUCAGCUGUGGCUGUCACCCGGGAUACUUGCUGGAGCUAGACGGUCGCAGGUGUAAAGCAAGCCAGGAGCCAUUUUUGCUAGCAUCUGUCCAGUUUGACUUGCUGCUUUAUGGACUGAGAAGCUUCAAAGAGGAUGUUCUUACUUUCACUGGAAAGAAAAUUAUCUUUUCAGUGGACUAUGAUUGGAAGGAGAAAAAGGUGUUCUGGUUAAGUUUUGAUGCUGAGAGUAUAAAAUGGAUAACGUUGGACCAGAAAAACAAGGGGACAAUAGUAAAAGGAAUCAAGUCUGAUUGUAUAGCAGUGGACUGGGUGGGUAGGAACCUGUACUGGACUGAUGGAGCUGCUGGACAGAUCUUGGCUGUUAGUCUGUUUUCCAAUUCAGCUGAGGCCCACAAUUAUACAGUGGUGUUGGAUGAGGAUCUAGAGCAGCCCCGCUCUCUUGUGCUCCAGCCUCUCAGUGGGUUGAUGUACUGGUCUGAAAUUGGAGGAGAGCCACAGAUAGAAAGAGCUGGGAUGGACGGCUCUAGCAGGAAAACGCUCAUUACGAAGGGGCUCGGGUGGCCUAUUAACCUAGCUCUUGAUUUGCUGAGCGAGAGGAUCUUCUGGGCAGAUGACAAAUUCAGAUGCAUUGGAUCAGCAAAUUUAGACGGCACAGAUAUAAAGUUGUUUCAGCUUCUAGAAACUCCAAGUCCUUUCUCUCUAAGUGUAUUUGAAGAUGCAAUUUACUGGUCCGAUACCAAAAUGAGAACAAUUCAAAAAGCCAACAAAGAGACUGGCAAGAAUCGGACUGUCCUUAUUAAACAACUUGGUCAACCCUUUGGACUGAAGGUUAUACACGAGACACUUCAGCCAAUAGCUUUUAACCCCUGCCAAAAUCUGGGCUGUUCUCAUCUAUGUCUGUUGGGACCAAAACAGAGUGGAAUGUGCAGGUGUCCCAUUGGAUUCCUGCUGGCUAAUGAUGGCACAACCUGUGUACUACCAGCAGACACUGCAUUUCUGUUCCUUGUUUCACCUUCUGUCAUCACUCAGCUUUACCUCAAGAACAUCCAGUCCACUAUUGGCCUGAAGACAUUGCCUGAACACAAAGCCCUCUCUGUCCCCAUCAUCAACCAGAUAACUGCUAUGGAUUACGUGCUCAAGGACCAGUCUGUCUAUGCUGCUGACUCGGAGGGAGGCUUUAUUGCACAGUUCAAGCUGAAGGAGCAGGAGCUGGUCUUUCGUGGGAAGGUGCUCCAGCUGGAGGGCGAUGUGGUGACGUCCCUGGCUGUGGACUGGAUAACCCACAACAUCUACUGGAGCAGCAGGCAGCAACUCAUUCAUGUGACCUUACCCAGCAAGUCCUACACAGCCAUCCUCUUCGACAGAGACCUCAACCAGCCAAAUUCCAUUGCCGUUCACCCGCCCUCUGGAGUCAUGUGCUUUUCACACAUGCGGGAAGAGGGUAGGCGUGGUGCACCCCAGAUAGAAUGUGCCUACAUGAACGGAAUGAAUAGGAAGCUGCUGUGGAAGAAGGCAACGAUGCCCACUAGCCUGGUGUUUACUAACUCUGGCACUAUGCUUUACUGGGCUGAUAUUGGUGCUGGAGUCAUUGGUUCCAUUUCACUUAAUGGUUUAAAUUACAAAGAGUACAAAACAGGACCGGAGCGUCUUGCUGCUUUUACACACAUUGAAAAGAUGCUCUUCUGGACAACAGUCAAUGGGACAAACCACUGUGUGGAAAAGAAUGGUGGGUGCAGCCACAUCUGCCUGCCUUACCCAGGAGGAAGGACCUGCAAGUGUCCUAUAGGCUACAGCUCGACUAAUGCAACAGUCUGUGGGAAGGAUAUGAGGUGCCCAGAGAUGACCAGGCUCUGCAAAGAUGGACGAAAGUGUCUGCUGAGGGAGAGGUUCUGCGAUGGGCAGGCAGACUGUCUGGAUGAAUCUGAUGAGGAGAAUUGCUAUGACAACGUCUCAGUGUGGCCUGGAUUCUGGUGCGAAAGAAGCAGCCCUUUGACUUCCGGAACAGUCGGAGUUUGCCGGCUGUUUGAGGAAGUGGUAGUUGAUAAGAAGGUGAACGCAAGAGUCAUGAACACUGACAAGCAAGUUCCCCUGUCAGAUACGACUAUUGUGCAGUGUACAGACAUUGGAUAA